UCCCAUUGGGCCUAAUGAGGGAUACAGUACAUCCUCCCCCCGGAGCCAAAGUCCUGUCUCUGUGGGAACCGACUGAUAGCAGGCGGACUUUGCCCUCGAGGGGAACCAGCCACAGGAAGAGCAGCGGAGCAGAUUCCCCAGCUGGUGAAAAGAGCUGCGAGCCGCCCUGGGAAUGGAUCAAACAAGUGGCAGCAGCAACGGUGGAUACGGACCUCGCCCCCCACCGUACAGUCAUCAGGACUACGGAGAGGCUCCUUAUACAGGCAUGAGCUAUCAGGUAGGGACAGGGAGUGUGGCGGUGGUCUCCCCUCCCGGCACCUACGACAACAUGAUCCAUCCUGAGGGCGAGGCGGCAGGAGGCCACCAGCCGCACGGCGACGCUCCACCUGUCUACUCUCACGGCUUAGAGGACGGCGGCUUCAGCGACGCCGCCAUACGGAGAGGUUUCAUAAGGAAAGUCUACUUGACCUUGAUGAUUCAGCUGCUGGUGACAGUCGGGAUCAUCUGUGCUUUUCUUUACUGGGACGCUCUCCGGGAAUGGGCAAGGGACAGCUACUGGUUCUCCUACUCCAUGAUGGCCGUGGUGAUGGUGCUCAUCGUGGCCUUGUCCUGCUGUGACAGCCUCCGUCGUCAAGUCCCCGUCAACUUCAUCGCCCUGGGCCUGUUUACUGUUGCAGAGGGCCUGAUGCUUGGAUCUGUGGCAGUGUACUUUGUGGCUGAAGCGGUUCUGUGGGCUGUGGGGGCGACAGCGCUGGUCUCCUUCGCCUUGACUCUGUUUGCGAUGCAGUCCAAGUGGGACUUCACUGCAGCAAACGGCAGCCUGUGGGUGUUUGCCUGGACCCUCUUCUCGUUUGCAUUGCUCUGUGCAAUCCUCCGAUCUCAGUACCUCUACAUCGUGUACGCCUGCCUGGGGACCUUGCUGUUCUCCCUGUACUUGGUGUUCGAUACCCAGCUCAUCCUGGGUGGCAAACACAGAAAGUAUCGAAUGUCUCCGGAGGAGUACGUGUUCGCCGCUCUGAACCUCUAUUUGGACAUCGCCACCCUGUUCCUGCUCCUGCUGCAGCUCAUCGGCCUCUGCCGCUGACACAACAGACGUCCCAUCACGACAGGCCUCCUGCCUCAGUGUGCCGACACAACAGACGUCCCAUCACGACAGGCCUCCUGCCUCAGUGUGAAUGCCAAAAGUCUGCAGCGCGCGUACGGAAGCCCGCGCGCGUCCUCAUAUUUAAGUGCGACAGGAGAUUCAUUUCUUCCCCGUCAUGCAUCGCGCGGACGUGAUUGUACACCGCGAAGUACUGUUUGUACCGAGUGCUUUUAUCAGUUGAGGUUUAUAUGCUGUAAAAUAUGUUUCACUACUGA